GGGGGGGUUGGGGUGAAAAUUCCACUUAGUGUCCAUACAAAGCACUUUAGCACACACACAGACACACACACACACACACACACACACACAUGCCUGUGAGGUCUUGGAUCAUCUCACAGCAGAGGAGUUGACAGGAAUGAUGCUCAUCUGACAGAUCGGACAGAUAUCAGACUCAAGAUAAUAGGAUACUCACGAGUACACAGAUUGCUCUGUCAGACUCGGCCGAGUCCACGGGCGGCGGGACAUCUGAAGACAUGCUGUCUGUCCCAGAGCACCUGCCCCUCAGGGACUGUUCCCGCUCAAGUUCCUGCGAGAAGCUGACGCCUCGCUCCGACAACACGGUCCUCAGCCUGUCCGGGAAAGAGAUCCGCUGGACCCCUCUGCCCCCUCCAGGCAACUGCGAGUACUACUGGCACGCCAUCCUCCUCAUGACCUCCGGGGGCAGCGUGCUCCUCUCCGGGAUGGUGCUGAGUGGACUUUACUUCGCUGAUGUUUCCACCAAGGCCACCAAUAUUUUAGCCCCCGCCCUUCUGUCUAUUGGUCUGAUGGUGCUGGUGGUGGGUGUGGUUUUGAUGCCCAUCACACAGAAAAUUAGGCAUCAGAGUGCAGCGAAUCGUCUCAGCAGUUUCUACAAGCUAUGAGAAGAACCUAAAGCAUCCAAACCCUGUCCUGGAGGGCCACUGUCCUGGAGAGUUUAGCUCCAAUUUGCCUCAACACACCAGCCUGGAAGUUUCUAGGAUGUGUUCGAAAUCGCCCCCUAUACCCUCAUUCACUAUUCCCUACAUUACUCCACUAAUAUCGUUCACUUGACGGAGUGAAAGAAAACGAGUGAGUGAAUUCGGACACUGAGUGCCGCAAGGGCUGCUGCUUUUGC